ACGGUUACGCGCGCCACCAUCAGCACCGCCGAAAGAUCUAGAGACUGGGCGAACGGAGCAAGCAAGUAGUGCACCUGUCAAGGAAAAUCGAUCAAACGCAGGUGUCGCGGUGGACCCUCGGCCGACUUCGUGCUGUACGGUGAUCUUUGGAGACUAUUGCCGACUCUGCUACCGUACACUGGUAGGGGGGCUGAGGGAGUCUCGUAGAACACGGGGGCGGAGCGGCGCAUCAGCGGAUGGCGGCUGUCAACUGAUGGGCUCGGUCUAUCUCUUUCGGCGCGACGCUUCUCUCAGAUGCUCCCUGAACUCCUCGACAUCCAAGGGAGGCUUCCUUGAACCUUCUAUGACUCUACAAGCGUAACGUCCACCUUUAUGACAUCUGGAAAAGAGACCAUGGGUGAACAACCAAUUUUCACGUGCAAAGCGCACGUCUUUCAUAUCGAUCCUAAGACCAAAAGAUCUUGGGUUCCAGCAUCUACAGCAGCUGUAUCAGUGUCGUUCUUUUACGAUUCAACCAGAAGUCUCUAUAGGAUCAUCUCUGUUGAAGGCAGUAAGGCGGUAAUAAACAGCACUAUUACACCAAAUAUGACAUUCACCAAAACCUCUCAAAAGUUUGGCCAAUGGUCAGAUGUCAGAGCCAAUACGGUUUAUGGUCUUGGAUUUUCGUCUGAAGCUGAAUUGGGGAAGUUUAUUGAAAAGUUUCAUGAGGUGAAGGAAGCCACAAAGAUAGCUGGUACCAAAUUGCAGUCGAACAGCUCAUCGGUAACGCCUGCUACUAGUGCUAAUGUCAGUCCUAUAACUUCACGAUCUGGUAUGCCUUCAUCGGAGCAAGACCUCAUCGAUCCACCCAAUUCUUCAAUGAUCAGUUCCAAUGUAUCGGCAUCGAAUAAUCCAAAUCCUAAUGCCAACAUGAUCUCAGCUCAGAAUAGCGUGUCUUCGGUAAGCAGCAGUCCAUUACCUGGCAAUUGUCAGAAUAAAGCUGAUGACGAAUUGAAAAGUACAGUCCAUUCAAGAUCGCAAAGUAUUUCUCAGCAGAGUACAGAGAGCCCACAACAUCAAGGAAAGUCAACACAACUUAACACAACGCAAGGUGGACAAACAACAGAAAUGCAUCUUAAGUAUGAGAACGACAGGCUAAAAUUAGCUCUUGCUCAGAGUUCUGCGAAUGCAAAAAAAUGGGAGGUCGAGUUAAGUACAUUGAAAACCAACAAUGCGAGAUUAACAAGUGCCCUACAGGAAUCCACUGCCAAUGUGGAUGAAUGGAAACGGCAAUUGCAACUUUAUAAGGAAGAAAAUAGUAGGAUAAAAACAAAAUAUGCGGAUUUAGAAAUUAGCAAAAUUGCGGAAGGCAACAGUGAAGCACUGAGGCUGAGAGUUGAAGCACUGGAAAAUGAAUUAAGGACACGAAAUGAAGAAAUCAAAGGACUAACGAUGGUGACCAAAAAUAAAGACAUUGUGGCACUUCAAAAAGAAAAUGCAGAACUUCGUGAAAUGUUAGACGUAGUCCAUGAACAAUUAGAACUUGCAUUGAGUGCAAACAAAGUCCAAAAACAAAAUUUGGAUACACUAAAUGCCAGAUUAGCAGGCUAUAUACAGGAUUUGGUCACGGUGCAUCGAGAGAUUACAAACACGUUGCAAACUUAAAUUAUUCUUAGAUACGUUUUGGAUUCUUCCUAUUGUACACCCUAUGUUGUAAGGGGAGUACUAUAAAGGGCCACGUUCCAAAAAAACACAUAUCGUGAAUAUGCGGUUUUUAAAACUAGAAGCCUGUAAAAUAUUUUAUAUUGGUUUUUCCAGCGUUACAAUUUUAAACGUUCGAUCUUGUCGAGACCAAAUGGUACUGUCUUUUUUAAGAUAAAUGAACUGAGACGUUACUAUCAAUUGUAAACCCUUUUAUUUAACAUACUUUGGCUGUAUGUUCUUUAAUGUUUUAUUGAAUUUGCAAUUUAUUCGUCACUAGAGCUUCGUAUUUUUUACAGUAUGUUUGUAAUUCCAGUAUUUUAUAGAUUAUACUGUUACACGGACACAAACGUGACAUCUAUGAAAAUAAAUAAAAAUGCUCAGAGUUAUUUACAAGCCGCUUAUGAAGAGUUAUGAAACAUAUCUUAAGCAAUGUAAUUGAUAUAAUAAUAUUAAAUAUGUCUUUUUUUGGAACUGCUCUCUCAGAAGAACAGAUCACAGGUAACCACGAGCAUGAUCUUUAAAGAAUGCACAAUCGGAGGUAGAAUCUCGUGGCGACGAACAAUUUCUUGGGACAAUUAUAUAACGUAAUUAUAUGUUCAUACCGAUCCGUUGUUUAUAACACAUCUAUAUUUACAGUAUAUGGAUACAAUCGAUUGAAGAGUGUUUGGCCUGACUAUUAUUCAAGUGAUAUUUCAGAAGCGAUGUAAAUUAAAAUGUAAAGAUGUUUAGAGAUCGUUUGAGAGCAUAUUCGCUAUUUAAAGUUAAAGACAGCUGUAGUGCUGAGUACUGUUUAAAUUAGGAUAUAUUUAUAUUUAUAUGAAGUACUGUUUUUAAUCGAUGUCGGGUGGCAAAAAGAAAUAAACAAGAGAUGUUUUAAAUCGUUCCUGUAUAAAUAUCUGGGUACACACGUGGUUACAAUAUGUUCCAGUAAUUUGUGAAACGAAAUAGUUCGCACAUCGAUAUUCAGCUUAUGUACCUACGGAAGUCUAACACGCAAUUGUAAUGAUUAUUGAGUUUACAACUUUAGGCCCAAUAUUCUUCAAUAAUCGAGUAUUUAUAUAGCACUUGUCAAUAAAGUUAUCACUCGCACAAUAAUUUUGGCCAGCCAUCGUAACAGCGCAAAUGAAGUUAAUUGUCGCUUUUUUUACGAGUAAUCUGUCAAAGCUUUAGCAUUGUAGCAUUUUUACAACGCGCUGACAUUAACUGUUGCCAUAUGCGCAUGAGGGUCUAGAGCGAAGAAUAGGGAUCAAAAGGAGUUUUCAAGUUGAGGAAUUGGAGUCAAAAGCCUUGCAUUUCAUGUGCAAUCCACGUAAUGAAAUAAUUACAGAACGCUUCCAUGUUUGUACUAAAAAGCCUACAGACUCUGAAUCUUGUCAUUGAGACUGACAAACUUGAGUCCUGUAGUCAAGUAAUCAUUUCGGAUCGUGUAUUUGUAUUUUAUUUCAGUAUUGUUAAAGAUAUUGAACAUUCAAAUUAUUUCAGUGUAAAUUAUUUUCAACUAUAAAAACUUGCUGACAUUUUAAUUGACUAUUUCGCUAUUAAAAAGUUCAGUACACGAAUCCGAAUAUUUAAACAAUUAUCGAACGGUUCCUUGAUCGUCGUCUUGCUUACUGCGAUAGACUUUCACUUGCGAUAUUUUUUGGUAAUGAUUCACACUGCACGAUCUCUUGUAUCAAAAGGGCAAACAGUUUACAUCCUCGUAUCUCGAAUACAUAAUGAACAGACCUCGAAAAAGAGAUACAAAUCGCAUCGCACACAAAUAAGCCUUAUAACUAGUUUGAACUGCUCAGAAAAUCAGUGUACACCUAGUCGAGAAAAUGUGUCAUUAUACAGUUUUUUAAAAUUAUUUUGACGGCGAUACCCGUCUGACUAAGAUAACUGAUAAAUGUAGGGAGUAUUCGUUUUCCGAGCAUCGGUUACUUUUUCAUUGAUCGAGUGCUCAUGACAAUAUUUUCGGAUUUUGAAAAAACAUUUGAUAGAUUUAUUUUUAAUAAUUAUCCCGAAGCCCUGAUAGUACAUCUUGUACGUGAUACCAGAGUUCACGUGACCUGUGAAUGCUCACGCGUUGUAGUAUUUUAAUUUUAAUAAUAGUUUUAAGCAAGACACGUAGAUAAUUAGAAUAAUUUUCAGUCGAUCUGUAUAAAGUUAUGCAUUUUUAUUAUCGAGCGGUACAUGGUUGCCGUUGAUCUGAUACGUAAAAUAUUUAUAUGUAUACCAAAAACUUGUAUUCUUUCAUUGGAAACGAUGAAAGUGGCAACUUGUAUGAAGUUUUAUAUUUAUAUUGCAUGAUACAUUGAGUGUUUACCAAGCCGAGGGUUCAAGAAGUGGUCAAUAGCAUAUUCGAUGUAAUAAAACAGUUGGAUUUCACUUCUUGUAGUCCUAGAGUUUAUGUUUAUGGUUACUUUAUUUAACAUUUCAUUUGGUGCCAUAAAUUCGGUAAUGUUGCUCUGUUUAAUACAAGCCAUGAACUGAGAUUCGAUUUGUAACUUUUGUCUUUGUCGCUUUCUUAACCUAAUUUUUUUAACCUAAAUUAUUAAGUUUCAUUUGAUCUGCUGUAAAAAAAAUUGCAAGAGAAGCAAAGACAAGAUGCCAUGUAAACAUUGUGUUAAACAGACUUCUCAUGAUUUUAGUACAAUUACAAUUUUAGUUGGCGUUAUUAGUCGAACUAAGAUUAAUGAUAUUUAUAGAAUUUGUAUAACGUCCAUUUGUAACGUCAAUCUUUUGUCCACUCUUGACGGUAUAACAGCUGUUAAACUAUCUAAAGUUUCAUAAAUACAAGUACAAUAUUAAAACAACCGUAUGGGAAGUCCGAAGAUAUAGACUUUAUGAAUGUAAGUCUAGUCGCCCUAGCUUUUGUCAAAAAAAAGUCAAGAGUUGGAUGACGACUUCUUUUAAUACAUAGAUUGAGUUAUCUUUUAAAAUUCUGUAAUGUUAGCUUUUAUAUCGGUCACUAUGAGAAGUUUUUAUACUCGCUUUUUGUAAUUAUUGCAUUGCAAAAUGCAUUGAAAUGGACGCAUUUUCUCUUAUAAUGAAAGGCGAUCUGUAAGCAAGGAUAGAUUUUGUUUAUAAAUAAAUAUGAUUUAUUUCUACUCCAUGAAACAGUACCUAUAACCCAUGGAGGUAUAUGGAUAUCAGUCGUCAUCAAUUUUUUUCAUAAGUUUGGUUUUCAAUUGACUGAUUUAUUUUACGAUUUUUGGCUUUAUUUAAUGUAGAGUGAAAUUAAUAUUGGAUCGAAGGACUAGAAAUGUGAUAGUUAAUAGUUUUCGCGAGUACUUCCGAUGAGAAGUAAUAAAAUAUUGGUAAGGAGUGGUCAAAAGAGAAAGUAUUUCCCGUUAUGCAAAUAAUUUUGCGGCAUGAUUAUAAGCGUGUUUAAAGAACGAUGAAUUUCCGAUAGCUCAAAGAGCUAUGGUGCACUUUGCCGGACGAUAUCGGACGACCGAUUUUGAUAAGUGAAACGCACCGUGCAUUAAGAUGAUAAUAUUACGGUUGUGACGAGUUUCAAACUUUUCCGAGGCACAAGGAAUCUAGUCCAAUGAAUUGACUCGAACCUGGUAGAAAUUGCGGGACGAAUUAUUGUACGCCAUAAGGAUUUCGUAAUAUUGAUUAGGUAGACUUGUUAAGUCCGAAUAACUUUGCAAAUAAUAUUAAUAUUGAAGCGAUAGAAUAUUAAUAUUCUAUGUAAUCGCAUUAUAAAUAAGUAUGUAAGUAAUAUACGAUGAUUAAUUCAUAUGAGUAAGCAGUUAGAGGGACACGAAGGAGGAGAGACGAGAUGCGUCUGUUUCGUUGAUCUUCGUCAAAUUAUAAUUGUACAGAGUACAUUCGCUGCGACGUCGCGGUGAUAACUAUCGAUACUUCACUAUACAUAGAUAGACAAUUUCUAUAACUAACCGGUGUCUCUUAUCACGAGUUCAGCAUUCGGAGCGCGCUAAACGACGUACGGAAUACUUGUGAGACCGCAUCUUACUACAGUUUAGAGUAUUUCAAAAUAUUAACGACAAUUCUUUGUAGGUAGUCGAGUCCGAUUAACGAAAUACUCGCUUUUAAAACUGAGGAAUAUACCGUAAUUGUCGAUCUCAAGGUACUGGCGAUGAAGUGGAGUAGUACUUAGCACCGUUUGAAACACCUUCAAUGCUAAAAACCGAGAGAGUGAUUAUAAGCUGAGUUGAAAGCACGGUUAAAACUAUAUAUGAAGGAAUUUUUUAUGAGUAUAUUGAAAAAUCAUAUUUUAUCUUUUCUAUUUUUCUGUUAAUAAUUUCCGAUGAAUCCCUAAAGGAACGCUUAAAUAUAUUCCUUUUUAAGUCAAAUGACAAUGUAAUUCCUUCCUUUUUUUAAGAAUUUCUAUCAGAGCCUUUUUUUCAAGACUGAUUCCUUGUCAAUACCUCUGGGGUCUUUCUUAACGCGCUGGCUUCCAAUCCUCAAUGUUAACUUCAGUUUCUUUUUUGAAUUCAUCGCUUAAACGAUUAGCAUUUGGUUAACAAUUGUUAUGACUUGGAGUGCUAUUUAGUGCUAGGCACAUUAAUUGUGACACCAAGUAACUAUAUUAAUGUAACAAGGUUAAGAGCGCACACUUGUAUAUGGUAGCCAACGCGUUGGGAAGCUAGGUAGAUUUUGACACUGAAAAUGCGAGAUUUUGCAAUAAGGGGACUUAUCAUCAACUGUACGGUCGUUUUGUGAACCGGUGUAACUAACGAUUGAGAAAAGAGUAACCGUCUAGAGAAGGAAAAAGAGCAAGAUUUAUGGAUCCGUUGUAUUGUACAGUGAGAUGAUAUUGCACGUCGAUCAUUUCAAUGAAUAAAAUAGCGAUAGUUUUU